UGCGCUCUCGAUACUUCACGUCAUUAUUUCCGGGUGUUGCACUGAAGGGACAAGUAAGGAACAAGUUACUUGUCUGUAGCUAAAUAAUACGAAGCGCUACCAGUAUUUGUUUUUCUUUUUAACGCAGCUUCUUUGUGAUGACAUAGAGUACAUGAGCUGUUGUACUUGGGUACGUUUUGGUAUCGUAUACGAACUGUUCAUUCAGUUAUUUGUCGAAACUGAUGCAACAUGGCAACAAGGCACGUAAUUCAAGCGAACCGUAGUUUACUUCGGACAAUCACCAGACUUGUUCGAGAACACAGCGGUCAGUCUAACUCAAUUUCUGUGAAGGUCGUCAGACAUUGCUCGGGAACGCCUUCGGUUGGGAAUCAUACUAGUGACAGGAGAAAUGUCAUCAGCUCACUGACAAAUCAAAGUUCGAAAAGCGACGGGGACCAUGGCUCAAACCGACCAACUCUGCUUAGCUCAGUGGCACUUGGGCUGGGUGUCGCUGGUGCUAGCCUGGUAUACCAUAAUCAAAGUAAAGACGACAGCGAUCGGUCAGACAAGAGACUUUCAGGACUCAAAUACUCCAUACAGAGAAGCUUUCUGCCCACGGCAUAUUGUGCUUCCCCGUACAAACCUGACAGCCCAAGGUACAGGUACAACUUCAUCGCAGAUGUCGUGGAAAAGUCGACCCCUGCUGUUGUGUACAUUGAGAUCGUUGGAAGGCAUCCAUUCUCUGGUAGAGAAAUGGCCAUCUCCAACGGCUCCGGAUUUAUCAUCAGUGGUGACGGGCUCAUAGUCACGAACGCCCACGUGGUGGCCAACAAACGCGGUGUGCGGGUCAAGUUGACCAACGGGGAAUCCUACAACGCGACGGUGCAGGACGUGGAUAUGGUGGCAGACAUCGCCACCAUCAAAAUUAAUCCCAAACAUCCUUUGCCAACGCUGCGUCUGGGAAAGUCAUCUGAUGUGCGUCAGGGGGAGUUUGUGGUUGCCAUGGGAAGUCCCUUCGCCUUGCGGAACACCAUCACCUCAGGGAUCGUUAGCUCCGCCCAGAGAGGAAGCAAGGAGCUGGGAAUGUCCAAUCACAAUAUGGAUUACAUUCAGACAGACGCAGCCAUUGAUUUUGGAAAUUCCGGUGGUCCCCUAAUCAACCUGGAUGGUGAGGUCAUCGGCAUCAACACCAUGAAGGUCACAGCUGGAAUCUCAUUUGCCAUUCCUUCAGACAGAGUUCAGGUUUUCCUGGACCGUAGUGCAGACAAUCAGAGGUCGGCGAUUGGUGAUUCAGGAGGAAAACGCAGAUACAUUGGAGUGAUGAUGCUCACUCUUACACCCAGUAUCAUCACUGAACUGAAGAUGCGUGAUUCCUCCUUCCCUGACGUCAUUCACGGAAUCCUCAUUCACCGUGUCAUCAUGGGCUCUCCAUCGCAUCGAGCUGGCAUGAAAUCAGGUGACGUUGUCAUAGAGAUCAAUGGAACCAAAGUGAACACGUCGGAGGAGAUCUACAAUGCUGUGAGGACCAAAGACUCCAUCAACAUGGUCGUCAGGAGAGGCGAAGACCUGCUCAUGCUGCACAUGACCCCAGAGUUCACAGAGUGACCUCAUCAUCCUGUGCCAUCAAGCAUUAAGCAUCCCCAUCAAGAGGGAAAGAGGUUGGGUAAUGAGUGAAAUGACAGUAAAACUACGAAAAAGAAGCGAUGGUAUUUAUAGAGAGAUGGGGAAAGAAGACGUGUGGGGCUGAAGACGUGAUUAAAAAAGAUGGCAAAAGGUGGUGGUGGAAAGAAUGGGAAAGAAGAGUGACUAUUAAGUUUUGUUGUCUGCAUGAGCGUCCUUUUUAAGAGGCCACACUGGUGCUAAAGUCUUUCCAGCAGGUUGUAAGGCGGCUGCCAAUGGAAGGAAGGUGAUGAGUUAAGGAAGUUGUGUUGUGUUGUGUUCCUACCUGCAGGGGGCGAUCAUGUGAUGUGCCCCAGUCAACAGUGUACCCAAAGGGAAAUUUGUUCAAUGGGUUACAUGUCACAGCGCUGAAAUCCACAAAGUAUUUCUGCUGGAGGAGCAAACCAAUCUUAGUAUGUAAUCUGAAGGGCUGUGUGUACAAUACAAAAGUGUGCUAUUCUAUGUUGUCUUUUAGACUUUCAGGUUUGCCUUUAUGGAUGUUUGCUGUUGAGAAGUGCCAUGGGGUUUCUCAAUGAAAUGAGUAUGAAACUAUAACUGUGAAUUAAUGUAAGACUAUGGUUUAAUAUCACAGUGAUUUAAUGUAAGAGCAAGUAUGAAGUCAUCCUUAUUUCUCAUAACCACUGGAUUCACAAAAAUGUUAAAUAAAUAAUUGAAAAAUA